GCAAAAAUGAUCCACCAAAGAUUUAAAUUAGUUAAUUUUCUUGAGGCAGGGUGAAAUAUAUUGCAUGUCACAACUUUUAUGAUGAGAGUCUGUCUUCUUUUAUAUUUACUGCCGUGUUUUCAUACUUUUUAGCAACAAUAUAUACAAUGCACAGAAGAAUCAAUUAUAUCAAUAAACUAAUUUUUUUCAAAAUCAUUCUCAUGCUUUUAUGUAAAAGCACUUUAAAUGAUGCUAAAGAAAAUAAGACAGAAGAUUCAUCAAGUGUUGAUUUAACAAACUCUGCUAGCAAUGUUUUGGCAACAAAUGUUGUGAACAAGGAAGUAUUUACUAUAACAUUGCAGUUUGUCAUCAGAAGCUCAAUUGAUGAUGGAACAAAGUUAUUACUAAUACACAAUUCGUCAAAAACACUGCUAUCCAUUUCACUAAAUAAAGACUGUAUCACCUAUCAAUACAAAAGAAAGAUUUAUACACUUCCAGUAGUAUUACAACAAGAUAAACAAGUUAGUUUGCAUAUUGAACACAAUGCUCACAAUGUUGUUGUGUAUUAUAAUUGUAUGAAAAUAUUUGAGAGCACAAUGGAGGUUACUGAUGAUAAUGCAGAUGAUUUCAUCAAAGAGAAACAAAGCAUAUUCCUGCAAAACAAUGUACAUAUCUGUGUUGCAAGACUCACAUCAAAACCACAUGAUUUUACAUUGUGUAAAAUCACUGGAUGCAGUCAAGGUACAAAAUCCAGUAAUAGUCAUCAUCUUAAGAAAGAAUGCAAUGCUAUUGUAGAGCUAGUACUUGACAACGUUGAUGUGGAGUUAGAUGAAUAUACUAGGAAGCAUUUACUAUCCUUGCCAAAUAAACAAAAAGAACAGUUCAAAGGAUUCAGUGCGGAGAUAUAUUCACAACUAACACCCUCCUCCACAGAUAGCACUAUUCCAACAAGAAAAACAGUUACUUUUACAGAGGAUAUAUUACCAAAGCAGGAAGAAAAACAUGCUUGGUAUGAUCCGCAGAAAUAUUUUAUACAGUAUAUCAGAGGGCCAAAAGGAGUUAGAGGAAUUCAGGGAGAAAAAGGCAGAUUGGGUCCACCUGGUUAUGAUGGACCACCAGGUCUGAGAGGACCAAAAGGAUAUAGAGGCAUGAGUGGAGAACCUGGAGAAGUUGGGGACCCUGGUGAAAAAGGUGAAAGGGGACUUCGUGGAAUUGAUGGCAGACCUGGUGUUAGACUUGGACCAAAGGGAGAAAGAGGGGACUAUGGAAUGACAGGCGAAGAUGGUUCAAGAGGAAUAAGAGGAUUCAAGGGCUACAAAGGCCGUCAUGGAGAUCCAGGUCCUCCAGGGAAUGUGGGCCAGCAGGGAAAUCGUGGAGAACCAGGAGCAUCAGGUCCACCAGGUCAACGAGGUAUUCUUGGAAUGAAGGGUAAUGAAGGAAGAAGUGGGAAAAAAGGAAUUCAAGGGAAAAAAGGACCACCUGGCCGACCUGGAAAGUUUGGUGCACAAGGUGUACGAGGAAAGCCUGGUGAAACGGGGCCACCCGGAAUAAAAGGAUAUCCAGGGAGUGCUGGUAGAAUGGGUUUUGUUGGAAGUGAUGGAAGCACGGGUCCUAAUGGCAAACAAGGUCCUUUUGGCCCAAGAGGAGUCAUGGGUGACCAAGGAUACCCUGGGUUGCCAGGAGCGUUUGGAAAUCAAGGACAAGAGGGAGAUAUUGGUGAGACUGGAGUGAUUGGUAUUAAAGGAAUCCAGGGCAGAGAUGGUGCAGAUGGCCCAGUUGGAGAUAUAGGCAAAAAAGGUGAUAGGGGAGUUGCUGGUAUGAGAGGUGGAAUUGGUGAAAGGGGGCCUCAAGGAAAGAGGGGUUUAAAAGGUAUUAAAGGUGAUAAAGGUUAUGUUGGUUUUCAUGGUUACAAGGGUAUUCCUGGAACAGCUGGUGAUCAUGGUGCACCUGGUGAACUAGGAAGGAAGGGACCAAAAGGUGAUGCAGGCAUGAAAGGUAUUCUUGGUUUUAAAGGAGACAAGGGAUCUUUUGGUGUUAAUGGUGUUGAAGGACCUAUGGGUGAAGAGGGUGCAAUAGGAGUACCAGGACCAGUUGGAGAUUCUGCAAUUGAUGGAGAAAAGGGUAGCAAAGGUAUCGUAGGAGAUCCUGGACCAGUUGGUGAAAAGGGAGAACGAGGAAAUAUUGGAAAGCCAGGAACACAAGGACAAAAGGGUAGAAAGGGAAGUAGAGGACCUGCUGGAAAAAUUGGUCAAAAUGGCCCAAAAGGAGAAAUGGGCUAUCCAGGACAUCCAGGUGAUAUUGGUGAUGCUGGUUAUUUUGGAUUACAGGGUUUUAAAGGACCAACUGGUGAGGAAGGUCCAGAAGGAUUAGUUGGGUUUGCUGGUGUGAAGGGUGCAAAUGGUUUAAAGGGAAAACGUGGUGCACAAGGAAAAAAGGGUCAUGCAGGAGCACAUGGCGAGGAAGGACCACCUGGGCUGAAGGGUGAAGCUGGAAGCGUUGGAAAAAAUGGUCCACAAGGAGAUCAGGGGCUUGCCGGUGCUCAAGGAAAAGCAGGAGAUACUGGUCCUGAAGGUGCUCAGGGAUUAAUUGGUAAACCUGGAGCAGAUGGACCAAUGGGACCUGAUGGUAAAGUUGGUGAAGCUGGAGCUAUAGGUUUUAAAGGAAAAAUUGGUGAUAUUGGUCCACAGGGUGACAAAGGUGCACCAGGUUUACAAGGACGCCGUGGGUUACCUGGCAAAAGAGGUUCCCCUGGUGCGUUUGGUGCUAUGGGAAAAGAAGGACUUCAAGGGCAAAAGGGGUUGGCAGGAGAUGAAGGACCACCUGGUUUUAAUGGUGAAAUGGGUGGCCCGGGCAGAAGAGGUGAAGCAGGUGAACCUGGAAAACCUGGAGUUGCAGGUGUACAGGGUAUGAAAGGAUUUCAUGGCAAAAAUGGUUACCCUGGACCAGCAGGUGACACAGGACCAAUUGGUGACCCAGGGCUUCCUGGAAAGUUGGGAGCCACGGGUGCUCAAGGUGCACCUGGUCCAUAUGGACGUGCUGGAUCACCUGGCCCACCUGGGAAAAGGGGAGAGAAAGGACCAGUGGGACCGAUAGGUAUGAAUGGUCCUAGAGGUGAAAGGGGCGAAGCCGGAGACGAAGGCAAAUCAGGAAUACCUGGAAAAUCUGGAUUGAAGGGCGAAGAAGGUGAUAUUGGAUUUAGAGGCGAUCAAGGAGAACAAGGUCCUCAGGGUAUUUCUGGUCAAAAAGGUGAAGUUGGCGAACAUGGGGAUGAUGGGUUUAUUGGUUUGCAAGGAGACAAUGGUGAUCCUGGAUUGAUUGGAGAGACUGGUGUUAUGGGUAUACCAGGUAAUCCAGGUAGACGGGGUGAUGUUGGUAAAAGAGGACCACCUGGUGAAUCAGGAUUGAAAGGAAAAGGUGGUUCUGAUGGAGCACAGGGUGAAAAGGGAAUUCCUGGAAUCAAAGGUACAAAGGGAAAGUAUGGACCAUCUGGGUUUCCUGGUUUACAAGGACCGCCAGGAGAAGAGGGUUCUCGUGGAAAGCUUGGUAACGUUGGUCCGUCUGGUCCACUUGGAAAAGCUGGUGAACGUGGAGCACAAGGGAUGCAGGGUGGAGUUGGACCAAAAGGUUAUGUUGGACCAAAUGGGAAAGCAGGCGAAGUCGGCGAUCCUGGACAAACUAGUCAAGUUAAAGGUGACAAAGGGUUGCCUGGAAAACAGGGUUCUAAAGGAUUACCUGGUCCAAGAGGUUCAUCUGGCAUAAAAGGAAACAAAGGUGUUUUAGGAGUCCGUGGUCCAAAAGGUGUGUCAGGAAUGAGAGGCUUACCAGGAGAUAGGGGAGAACUUGGAGAAAUUGGUCCACCUGGGCCUGUGGGUGCUUUUGGCGAUAAAGGACCACCCGGUUAUCCUGGUCCAGACGGACCAGAAGGACCACAAGGUUACCGUGGAGAAGACGGUCGACGCGGUGAAUGGGGUGAAAAAGGGUUUCCCGGACCUCGUGGUGAUGUGGGAAGACCUGGUCUACCUGGUAGUGAUCCUCCCGUGCGGAGCCUUUAUCCUGGUUACGUCCAAAAGCAUGGGAAUAAUCCAGGCAAGUUUUACCGUGCAUUAGCCGGUCGGUUCUUAUCACUCAUUCAAUUUGAAGUCGACAGUAUCAAGUAUCCAGCUGGGACACGUGAUAAUCCAGCAACAAAUUGCAAAGAGCUAGCUGAUAGUGGAAAAGAACUCGAAGAUGGGUUCUUCUGGGUGGAUCCAAAUCGAGGAUGCGCAUGGGACGCUUUAGAAGUGUUUUGCAAUAUCAGCGCAGGAGGAGAGACGUGUUUAAGACCGAAAACUCCAUUGUAUAACAUAAACAAUAUGAAAGCUGAUGAAGACGAAGAAGUCGUUCUCUCAAGGCACGCAGAGAUUCAAUAUGGUUUGGGGCGACCACAGUUAAAUUUCGUACACCUUUUAAGCAAUGAACACACUUACCAAACUAUAAAAUUACGGUGCACAAGACCUCUACGAUAUUUGGAUAAUAUUAAACUUUUUGGUUGGAACAAGAAGCCAUUUAAUGCAGAUGAUCGUAACAGAGUUGAUGUUCUCUUUAAUACGUGUCGCAAUGCUAGCAAAAAAGCUCCUGGAGAAGUACAUCUGCGUAUAUUCACAGACAUGGAUUUUACUGAUUUACCGAUUGUGGAUGUUAGCAUAAAACACGAACAAAUAGAUGGUGUGGAGCUGGGAAACAAUUGUUUUCUUUAAGUCGAUUCUUUUAGUAUGUCAUUUGCGUUAUGUUAACCUUUUCUAUAAUAGCAUUUUUACAGAUUUAUAAUAAGACUUACGGAAUAUGUACAUUUUAUAUGAAAAAAAGUAGCUGCUAGAAUUUAGAAAAGCGCCAAGUGUGUCUGGGGACUUGUAACGUUUAAAUAACAAUGUGAAAGUAAAAUACAAACCUUAUCGAACAAAAAAAUUUGGACAAAGGUGACCGAAGUAUUUUUAGGUUAACAAUGGUUAAAUUUUGUUCGACGAAUUAUGUAUUGGAAUAUUUCUUAAAAAAUUUAAAUCUACAGUUGUUUUAACUUUAGAGAUAUAAUUUAAAGAUUUCAACUUAAAAACCAGUUGAUUUUAUCUUAAUUUUAUCUUUACCGAGUUUUCAGUCAUACUGUGCGAUUAGAUCCGUGUUACUAAAAAUAGAAUAUAUGGAGUUGCUUACAAAAAAUUUAUCACAAAAUUAAUAUAAUAUUUUUUCAAUAAUUUUAUAGUUUUUAAUGAAACAUAGAUUUAAUUUAUUGCGUUUAUAUUUAUAUUUUUAUAUUAGUUUAUUAGAUCUUUUUUAUAUUCAACUUAUAUAAUAUGUUUUUAUAUACCUUAAAUAUAUUUUUUUAUUUACUUCAAAUUAUUCUGGAACGAAAGAUUUAUUUUUUAA